CCCACAAUUUACCCUGUUCCAAGCUUCAACCCAUCCAGCAGGCAUAAUGUCCCCUCCUGCGGAUAGGCCAACCGGUCCUGAUGGUAUUCCUUCUUUCGAAGCCAGUUUUGCCGCCGGCAUCUUCCCGGGAUUGAGCGCUUCUGCCAAGCGUCUCCGAUGGACCCUUGACGGCCCCCUUGAGGCCGCCAUCUCCGUCGCAGCGGGUUAUUGGAUCGACCCCACCAUCCCCGACGAGCCCUACCACCGCGCAGACGCUGUUGAUCAGCGGCAUCCCAUCUCGCGAGACCCCUACACCGAGCCAAAAGUCUCUUCCGUGACAAUCAGCGCCGACCUCCUCAGUGACUGGGAGAAUAACUGGUUCGAGGUACACCGAGACCAUGUCCUCCCGGGUGGCGAGGAGGAGAAUGGGAAGACCCGAAUCGGCUCGCUGCCUGACUUCGACCCCGAGGAUGAAGAUGACGCAUGGCCCGAGGUGGAUGGAGAAGGUAGCGGGCACCUCCUAGUGUGCUGCGGGUCAGAGCGGCCGAGGAAGACGGAAACCAAGUUUCAACUGCUGGUCACAGCCAAGGGGGCGGGGCCCGAUGGGUUCCUGACAGUGCACGAUUUCCUCGAGCAGGUGCAUCCGUGGUUGAUGGGUCUGAAGGGGGAGAUCCUCGAAGCGAGGGCGGUCGCGUUUGCACUUCUUGAGGGGGAGGAUGACGUCCCCUCGAGGGAGGAACUGCUAGCGAGGGACGGGCAUAUGAAGUUUUUUGUGUUUGGGGCAAAGGAUCUGGUCAUUUGGGACGAAGAGGAGUGGACGGAGCGAAUGACUAAGCGGCCCUACAUACGGAUAACUAGAGUCUAUGUGAGGUAAGGUGGUUCGUGCGCCUAAUUACCUUCUUGCGCGACAGACGCGCAUCCUGUAUCUUCUUCUUCCUUUCCUCAGUUUUCGAUUAGCAGAAUUGAGUAGUAUUUGCAGCG